AUGACCCUGGCAGCUUCCUCCCAGCGCUCCCAAAUCAUUCGCUCCAAGUUCCGUUCUGUCCUCCAGCUGCGGAUCCACAGACGCUAUCAGGACCCGAGCCUCUCAGGAUCCUUCACCUUCUCUCCAGUCUCGGAUCCAGAUCCGUGGAUCUCAGCCUCAGGCCCAGCGGCUCUGGCCCCAGCCGCAGUCUCUACCUCGGGCCCCACCCCUUUCCUCUUCAGUCCUGGGGUCCUGCUCCCUGAGCCAGAAUACGGCCUGUGGAGGUCUCCGAAGAAGGAGUCUCCUAAGAUCGCCCAACGUUGGAGUCACCCCAAGCCCAAAGGGAACUUGACCUACCACCAAUACAUGCCCCCAGAACCAAGACAGGGGUCCAGGGGAGACCCCCAGGCCGAGGGGACAGCUCUGGGACCCCCUGGGCCACCUCUGUGGGAAGGGACAAACUCACAGCAACCACAUCCUAGGAUGAAGUCCACUCCCUCCCCAUCAGGAGCCCCCAGCCCAUCGCCCCCACCCCACAAGUUGGAACUUCAGACCCUUAAACUGGAGGAGCUGACGGUCUCAGAGCUUCGACAGCAGCUGCGCCUACGGGGCCUCCCGGUGUCGGGGACCAAGUCGAUGCUCCUGGAGCGCAUGCGCGGCGGCGCUCCGCCCCGCGAGCGGCCGAAGCCGCGGCGCGAGGAUAGUCCCGCCGGGGCUCCCUGGCCGCGUCUCAGGCCCAAGGCCUUAGGAGCCGCCCGGCGACAGGGCUCGCUCAAGUCCGGUGCAGCCUCUGAUGAUCGGCCGCCUCUUCCGCGAGCCUCUGACACCCUCGUGGCGGCUUCGGCUCCCGCUCCAGCGCUGACCCCUUCGUCAGCACCGACGCCCGCGGCCCUAACUCUGGAGGAGGAGCUGCAGGAAGCGAUCCGGAGGGCGCAGCUGCUUCCGAACCGGGGCAUCGAUGACAUCCUGGAGGAUCCAGUGGAGCCUGAGGACCCGCUGCCCCCCAUCCCCCUGGACUUCCCCGGCUCCUUCGACGUGCUGUCCCCCUCCCCGGACUCUGAAGGUCUCUCAUCUGUCUUCUCUUCCUCACUACCCUCCCCCACGAACUCCCCUUCCCCUGCUCCCAGGGGCCCCAUGGACUCCUUGGACUGGCUGGAGGCUCUGAGUGGGGGUCCCCCGCUCGGCUGUGGGCCCCCAGCCCCCAGCAUCUUCUCUGCCGACUUCUCUGACUCCAGCGGCACCCGGCUGUGGGACCUACUGGAGGAUCCAUGGUGA